AUGUGGCAAAAUCAAACUAUCUCUGAAUUCAUCCUUUUGGGAUUUGGAGAUCUCCCUAAGCUGCAGAUCUUUCUUUUUCUUCUGUUCUUAGUGAUCUACUUGUUAUCCAUGGCUGGAAAUCUACUCAUCAUUGUACUAGUUGCUGCUGAUAGACACCUCCACACCCCCAUGUACUUCUUCCUAGGGAACCUAUCCUUCUUGGAAUCUUGCUGCAGCUCAACCAUUCUGCCAAAGAUGCUCUCAAGUCUCUUGACUGGGGAAAAAAGUAUAUCUCUAAAAGCCUGUUUCACCCAGUUUUUCAUGUUUGCUUGCCUGGAAGGUGCUGAAUGCUAUCUCCUAGCUAUGAUGUCUUAUGACAGGUAUUUAGCAGUAUGUAAGCCACUCCAUUAUGCUACUCUUAUGAAUGGCUGGCUGAGUUUCCAAUUAGCAGCUGUCUCUUGGGUAAGUGGACUUCUGGUUAGCACAAGCUUAACUUUGACAAUGUCAUGGUUAUCCUUUUGUGGCUCUAAUGAAAUUGACCACUUUUUUUGUGAUGUUAUUCCUGACAUAAGAUAUGUUUCCUGCAGUGACACCUAUUUUCUGGAAUGGUCAUCUUUCAUAUUUUCCUGUGUAUUCACCCUCCCUCCCUUUGUCCUCACUGUGGCAUCUUAUGUUUUCAUCAUACUUUCAGUCCUCAGAAUCCCAUCCAUUACUGGGAGACAAAAGGCCUUCUCUACAUGUUCUUCUCACCUCAUUGUGGUUGGUUUGUAUUAUGGAGCUCUGAUGCUUGUCUAUAUGCUACCACGGUCCAAGAACCUAAGACAUGUGAAAAAGGUUUUCUCUCUCUUCUACACUGUUUUGACCCCGAUGGUCAAUCCUCUCAUAUACAGCCUAAGAAACAAGGAAGUGAAGGGGGCUAUGAAAAAGGGUUUCAAACGGUUUAUAAUAUAUAUGACACUAUGA